AUGCCUUCUGAUUCCUUAAAACAAGAGCCCGCUGCAGAACCACCACAGUCAAAACCGACGAAAGAAUGCCCCCAAACACCAGCGAAUCGCAUUCCCUUGGCCGACCUUAUUGGAAACACUGAAGAUGCCCUCCUUCGAGACCCAGGGCCGCAAGUCACACCAGAAGACUAUGUCAUCUGGCAGCAUGUUCCCCCGAGCUCAAAUCCGGACACGGGAGCUCAAACACCGGCGAUGACGGGAAGAAAGCGUCGACAUAGCUCGUCACCGACGAGUUCGCCUUUGGCUGGGAAUUCCAAGAGUGCCCAGAAGGAGACUUUCGAUCUACAAUCCUUCCAGACAGCCCUCAAAACUCCCCAAAAUGAUCUCGCUGCAGACCUCUGGAAUAAUUACGUGGGGAAGGUGACUGACAAUGGCAGGCGUGAUCUGCCACAACCUCGCUUUGCAAAUCUUCUUUCUUCUUCGCCUCAUACUCCUAUGUCAGCAAGGACAGGACAGGAUUCUUCUGGGCUGCGCCGCUCUAAUAGCUGCAAUGCCGAGUGGCCCAGCUCAAAGCCAAAGCGGCGAAAAAUUGAUGGAGAGAAAGUCCGCAGUGGUCGAGGCAUCUUCGCUCGAUCGAGAAGCAAUUUUGUGGACUCGGGGAAGGUUGACACCUCCAAAAUCAACCAGCUAGUCGAAACAAUUGAGAAGAGCCUCCGGAGGCCUCAGCCACAUACGUCAGAUCGGUCUCCGGCGCCAGUAUCCAAAAUCAGUCUACUAGAUCAAGCGAAACCCCUGGUGAAUGGUGAAAGCACGCAUCAUUCUCGGUCGCAGGAGGUCGAAGUAAACGGCCACCAAAUCACUGAGAGUUGCGAUGCGAUGUUGGAGACCUCGUCUGAUUAUGGUGAUGACGACCUAGAUCAAGGUUUCCUUGAGCUCGCUGAGGCUUCAGAGGACCCGUUCUUGGAUAAUAGUCGACAAAAUAGCCAUCCCGAAUCUGGAUAUAAAGGGUUUGCUGCCAAACCUGGUCAUGGUGGCAUUGAUCUAAAUUCUGGUACAAACGAACUUGGAUCAAGAAAUACAGAACAGAAAAUAAUCGACUCAAGUGAUGCUGAUGAGUUUGACGAUGAAUUCGAUGACUUCUCAGAUAACAUUGAAGACCUUCUCGCUGCGUGUGAUGCAACGCCGAGCAAUAGGUUACGCAGAUCAGCUCCAAAGGAUAGUAUGGCUGCAGGAAAGCCAAUUCUUAGAGCCGAUGCGAAUACCGUGUUCAAUCAAGAGGGACCUCUCCUUCAAGUGCUGGAGGAUUCAAAGGACGUGUCAUCCAAUGAAUUCGACGAUGGCGAUCUGGACCUGGAUGCUAUCGAGCAAUCUAUGCUGCAGGCAGGCACAGAUGGGUCAAACCAUACAAUAAAUGGCCGACAAGCCAUCAAGCGGUACCUCAUUCUUGAUAUUGCGGAAUCCACCUAUACGACCGAAAAAGGCCGCGUACAACCAGAACAGGUGCUGUUAGUCCAAGACGAGAGAAGCAAGCUCAAAAAGGUUGUCAUCCUACGGGAGUCGUGGUUUGACACUCCUUGCAGUAAAGACCUCUAUAUCCACCUGAUUGGUGAUUUCGAUACUGCAGGCCAAUGUGUCGUCAAUGAUUCACACAACAUGAUAAUCCUCCACCCGGAUCACCUGGUGUCCGCAACUGUGGUGGCAGACUCCAUAGGCUGCCAACGCCGGGCUGUCCUCCAGGACCGUAUCAAGAAGAACAGCGGUGAUCUGGGAAAACCACAAGUCUUUGGCAACAUUUUUCAUGAAAUCUUCCAGGAGGCACUGAAGCUAAAUCAGUGGGACAUGACUACAUUGAGGACUAUGACUGAGUCCGUCGCAGUGAAACACAUCGAGGAGAUUUAUUUGAUCCACAUGAGCAUUCCCGAAGCUGUCGAUUAUGUGAUGAGCAAAAUCCCAGCACUCAAAUCUUGGGCGGAACUCUUUCUCAGAUCAAAGCCUAGUAAUGAGUCUCUUGUCGAGGACCGAAACAGCUCUAAGAUGCGUUUGAGCAUAAACAAGCUCCUCGAAGUUGAAGAACAUAUCUGGUCACCCAUGUACGGUCUCAAGGGAAAUAUCGAUGCUACAGUACAGGUUGCUUGUCAUGAUGGCGAAAGCGAGAAGAAUCUAGUUGUACCUCUGGAGCUCAAGACUGGGAACAGGGACACGAACCAUGCUCAUAGAGCCCAGACAGCUCUUUAUACCCUGUUGCUUUCCGACCGUUAUGAUGUGGAUGUUACAUUUGGGCUGCUGUAUUAUGUGGAGACUUCGAAAAUCUUUCGGAUAAGAGGUAUCCGGCAUGAGCUUCUUCAGAUGAUCCACGCACGCAAUCGUCUCGCUGGAUAUAUGCGAGAAAGGACACACUUGCCGCCGAUGCUCAAAAGGUCCUCUAUGUGCAACAAAUGUUAUUCAAAAACGCCUUGCUUCAUCUACCACAAGCUUGCUGAUGACGGUGAUGGCGAAACUAGCGGCCUUGGAGACGAUUUCGUGAACGCCAUGGACCACUUGAACGUACAGCAUCGAGACUUCUUCCAAAAGUGGGAUAAUUUGCUCACCAAGGAAGAGCAGAGCAUGAUGAGGUUCAAGCGAGAGCUGUGGACACUACUCAGCAGCGAACGCGAGGCCCUUGGUCGAUGCUUUGGCAAUGUUGUUAUCGAGCCCGGAUCAGGUUAUGAGGACAAAGACGGGAUAAAAAUUAACCGCUACCGCUACACGUUUGUCAAGAAGCAAGCGACCCCUUCGUUCUCCUUUACUGAAUCACAGCUUACAGUGGGAGAACCUAUUGUGAUCUCAGACGAGGAAGGCCACUUCGCUCUUGCAAAUGGGUAUGUUGUGCAGGUCAGUCCCAGACGCAUCACUGUUGCAGUGGAUCGGAGGCUUCACAACGCUAGAACAAAGGCGGAAGGUUUCAAUGCUCGAAACAAUCAGACCUUCAGGGGUAUUAUGGAGAUCAGCGAUGAUAUCACGUCAUCCAAUCUACCCCUCGAGCCAGAAGAACAGACUGUUUACCGAUUAGACAAGGACGAGUUCAGCAAUGGCAUGGCCACUGUUCGAAACAACCUUGUCUCCAUGAUGGAGAGGGAUCUAUUCCAAGCCAAAAAUCUAAGGCGGCUAAUCAUUGAAGGCGAAGCACCGAGAUUCAAGCCUGCAUCGAAGUCUCCCGCGAUUCCUGGAUCUGAUGGCGCGAACCUGAAUGUGGAUCAAACACGAGCCAUUGAUAAAGUAAUGAGUGCCAGAGACUAUGCCUUAGUAUUGGGCAUGCCUGGAACCGGGAAAACAACCACCAUCUCUCACAUCAUUCGCGCAUUGGUGUCACAGGGAAAAAGUGUGCUUUUGACCUCAUAUACACAUACGGCCGUCGACAACAUCCUUCUAAAAAUCCGUGACGACAAUAUAAGGAUUCUGCGAAUCGGGGCGGCCACCAAAGUCCACCCCGAGAUUCAGCAAUUUGCGGAUCUAGCAGCCACCCCCAAGCAAACGAUGGAGGAACUGAAAACCGUGUAUGAAGAUUCGCAGGUCGUUGCAACGACGUGUCUCGGAGUCAACCACAACAUCUUCAGUCAACGCAUAUUCGAUUAUUGUAUCGUGGACGAGGCGUCUCAGAUCACUCUCCCGGUGUGUCUUGGGCCCAUUCGAAUGGCGCAAACGUUCAUCCUUGUCGGCGAUCACUAUCAAUUGCCGCCCCUGGUACAAAACAAAGAAGCUCAGGAAGGAGGCCUCGACGUUAGUCUUUUCAAGCUGCUGUCAGACUCCCACCCCGAAUCGGUCGUCAAUCUCGAGCAUCAGUAUCGGAUGUGUGAAGAAAUCAUGCUUCUCUCAAACAACUUGAUCUACUCCGGCAAACUGAAAUGUGGCACUUUGGAGGUUGCAGAACGGUCUCUGAAGCUGCCCAAUCUCCCAGGUCUCAAACAACAUCACGCGGAUAAGUUCGAGGAGAUACCCGGUCAACGGGAACUUUGCCUAGGCCCGGGUCAUCGCUGUUGGCUACAAGACCUGCUGGACCCGUCAGCUAAAACUCGUCUGGUCAAUACGGAUACGCUUGGUACACCAGCGGUGGAUGUGGCUAACGGGUCACGAAUUGUGAAUCCAACCGAGGCAACCCUCUGCUCCCAACUCGUGGAGGCAUUCAUCUCAUGUGGUGUGCCAGCGCGCAGCAUUGGGGUUAUCACAUUCUACCGCAGCCAGCUCUCGCUCCUGAAACAGAAUCUCCGCCAUCAUCUGCCCGAGCUCGAGAUGCAUACGGCAGAUAAAUUCCAGGGGCGAGACAAAGAGGUUGUGAUAUUGAGCUGCGUGCGAAGCAACUCUGAUAACAAUGUGGGCGACCUACUACGUGACUGGAGGAGAGUCAAUGUUGCUUUCACCCGAGCACGUACCAAGCUCCUUGUAGUCGGGAGCAAGAGAACCCUCCGGGACGGCAAUGAGCUGUUGGCAAAAUAUGUGAAGCUCGUCGAAGGGCGUGGACGCAACUCCAUUCUCCUCGAAAAGUGCCCAGCCCACAAAGGGGUUCUGGGACGCCUCGAACGACGACAAAACGCAAUGCUCUGA